AUGGUAAAAGAUGUAGCUCCUGACUUCAAACCCAUGAGAAUAUUCUGCGACUUCGAAAUAGCCGCCAUCUUAGCUAUUCAAGAACAGCUUGCAGAAACUGCCAUAUCCGGAUGUUUCUUUCAUCUAUCGCAGAAUCUCCAGAGGCACAUGGCACAGUUGGGUUUGAGAUCACAGUAUAACAACGAAGCCGACUUUUCCGUUCAUGUUAAAAUGAUUUUAAGUUUGGCAUUCGUCCCAAUUAACCGAAUUGACGAUGCACUGGAUCAUCUUUAUGCAACACUGCCUUUAGAUAUCCAGGAACUUUUAAACUAUUUCGAAGAUAACUACGUUGGAAGACCCAACAGGAGAGGAGGUGGAAGGCGUCAACCAUUGUUUCCACCAGAAAUAUGGAAUCUGUACCAAAGAGUUCGGGAUGAUGUUGACAGAACAAAUAACCAUGCAGAGGCGGCCAACAGAAGGUGA